UUGCCGCGGACUACCCGAAACACGGGGUCCUCGGUGGAAGGACCCCGCAGAGAAGUAAACACAGCAGAUGUUGAGUUAAUUGAGCCGCAGUCAUCGAUUUUUAGAUGAAUUAACUUUGUUGCAACGUGUAAAUUAUCCGCAGCGCGAUGGCAGAAGACAACGAGCUGGAAAAGCGUGCGAUCGAGGAGCUCCUCAGGGAGACUGACAGGGCUCGGGUGAGAGCAGAGACCAUGGGCCCCGCAGGAUGGUUAAAGUGUCCCCUGCGGAGCACCAACAAACGCUUCCUCCUCAACACCCUGCGCUCCACCGGCCUGCAGCGGCGCUCCAGUGAGCCCAGAGCCAGCCACUCUUCCACAAGUUCACACCCGAGGAGCAAGAGUCAGGACAGAAGCCUUGACCGCAGCAGAUCACCUCCCAGAGAUCGAAGGAGCAUUGGAGGCCACACAGAACAAAGAAAGCAUCACAGGGACAGCAGAAAAAAUAAGGACAAAACAGAGGAAAGAGACAAAGAGAGGAGUCACAGACACAGAGACAAAAGAGACAGGAAACACGGGGACGACGGACAGAACAAACACAGACUUCGUGAGUGAAGCACUUCUGCUUAUAGAGGAGGAACACUGCUUUACCAGAAACCACUUCCUUUCCAGGGAGGACAGAGGUGAUCACACACCUCACAGAGCUGCCGAGUCGUGUUCCCCUGGCUGUUAAGGAGGCAGAAUGGACACUGAAUUUAACUUUUUACUAAUUCAAGAAGACCAAACUUUUUUUCCUUACAGAGAAACAAGGUGGACAAUUGUCUUAUACAUUAGUUAAUUCUUUGUUAAACUUUGAAUUUAUCAAUAUAUUUAAGGUUUAGAUUGAUUUCUUUACAUCGCUCACACAUCCAGUAGUUAAGAUAAAAUAGUUAUAAUUUUCUUUAGAAAUACUAAAAGGGCCAUUACAGCUCAGGAUAUAAGAGCCUUUGAUUUUUUUUCCAUGACCUCCCCUCUCAAAUGACUCAUGGUUUGUUGUAAUUCUAUUCCACUUACAGUAAAUGAGGAUUGAUUUCAAUUAUAAUGUCAUAACCAUUCUCCUGUCAUUCACUGGCCUUAAUGUUUACAUAAGCUGUGCGACUGUCGCCACUGGGUAAGCACGUUUUAUCACGUGUCUAACUUUUUGACAUGUAUGCACUGGCUAUCAGAAAUGCUUCUGUUUGUCAAAGGACUUUUUUUAUUUUCUUGUUUUCCUGACACUCCUGCUUGUGCCCGUGUCCUCAGAUACAACAUGAGUAGGUUAAUUUAAUUUUAAUUUAAUUAAAAAAAAUUUGAUUAGGCUGUAAAAGAAAUAAUAGCUAAAACUACUAUGACAAUAUUAACACUGUGGCUAAACUUGUACAUAAAUCCACUAUUUCAGUGUUUUAGUGGGGUCAUUUGGGCCUUUUGAAAACAGAUGGAUUUGCUCAAGUGUUGAAAAUGUAGUGCUGUUUAUAUCUUUCCUAUCCAUGCGGUCAAAGUUAGGCUUCCUUCAUUUUAUUGUUCCUCAUCCUCUGCAUUUUAUAAACGUCUUUAUGUUCACAUAUUACCCACAUGUCUAUUAUAGCAAAGUGAAGCUGCAUUACUGCUCGCUUAAAUCCAUUAUGCAGAAAAAUUCUGUCUGGAAAGGCGACUAAAUUGCGUUUAACACCCCUCAUGCUUCAUAAAUCACAGUGUCCUUCUCCACUGUAGUGGAGGAAUAGCUUCGGUUAACUGUUUCCUUCCUCUUUGCAACAAUGAUCAAAUAUAAACACCAUUAAGCCAUAGUGCAGGGGGGGUGAUUUAUAUAGAAUUGGUUUACUUGAACUUUAUUGCAUCUCUGAGUGCCCCAUUAAGAUACAGUGGAAAAUGCUGCACUUGCUUUUGAAGAACUCAGUGCAAAUAGUGUGUAGAUAAAACGCUAUCAAGUUAAAAGCCUCGUGUUGCUGCAGCUUACAUGAGAAAUAGGAAAAUUACACUGAUCUUAUAGCAGAGGCUCAGGAUGUUGCAUCAAGGCGCAGGUCAGGUUGUGGAGACAUGCUCCGUGCACUCGCUGGUUAAUUGAGUUCUGUUGCUCUCUCCAACCUAAUUGGUUUUACCAUGAGGGCUGCUGUUAAAUGGGGCGAACACACACACACACACACACACCUGCUAAUGGCCAGCAAACAUGGUGAGAGUGCAGCAGGGGUAAAGCGACGCUUGUCAAGGGCCCAUCGUGCAGGGGACACUCGCUAAAUGGUGUUAAAUGAUGCAUUUGCAGAAGUGUCAUGGGA